GUCAACACAGACAAACAAGCUGCUUACAUUGGGCCAUGUGACUUGGGGGUAAUUGUAACACAGUGUUAAAACUGCCCCCGAUGUUGCAGCCAUGAUAAAAUCUUGUAUGCCCGCUAGCCACAACUAUAUUAGCAAAGGUUAUUAGUGUUAAUUUUUUAUCAAUAACCUGGAGAUAAAAUGUAUGUAAGUUUAAACCCAAAUAAGAAAGGGUGUGACAUGCAAAAAAGGUCCCUAUGGGACCUCUGAAGGACUAUAAGGCCCACAUUUUAUCUAUAGGCCAACAGGUCCCCCCUUUGUAUUUCGUUUUAUUUCUAUUAAAAUGUAUCUGACAGAUUACCAGUUGCUCUUUAUUGAUACAGUAUAUUGAUUAGUUUUUUUAAAAGCUCAGUUGGUCUCUGGUAACAUUAUAAUAUUAUUCUAUUGUAGUAAUAGUACUUUCAGUACUUGAGUAAAGGUUUUUACUAUCACUACUUUUAACAAUACAAAUUUUGUUUUCUAGGUGACAGAGAGCCCGAAUGGCGGGCGGUCCAGUGAACGUCUGCUUGGCACCAGGGGAUCUACUUCAUCUCCUGCAGUUCAACAGAGACAGAGGUCGAGAUUACCUUGGAUCCGUGUCAGGCUUUGUGUCCAAACAUAAAGGCAAGUCUUUGGUCUUAGAGAGUCCAGCUGGUGCCACACUGACAAUAGGAGACCUGAGUGACACCAUUUACAGAGACAAACGUAAUGAAGUCAAUGGGUGGGGUAAAUUCUACCUUCCUAAAGAAGUAAGCAUGCAGGUUGUAGGUGUAGUGGAGGAGACCUCGUGCCCGUGUGACCAGCUCGUCCUGAUGACCUGUGAGGACAGAAAGCUGUAUGCCUACGAUGGAGAGGAACUGCACGAGGUGGCUUCAAGCCUAAAGCAGCUAGGUGAAAAGAGAAUAGAGUAUCCAGCAUCCACGAGCUAUUACAACGGGGAGGCCUUCAAAGAUAUGACCGAGAAGGACUGGGUCAAAGUGAGGGAGGGUGCUGUGGGGAAGAGUUUGGACCAAGCUCAUCAUAAACUGGUGACAGCACAAAAGUCCAGAUUCCUGCAGAAUCUCAAAAUCAAAUGAUCCAGCAGUUAAUGCUUUUGGGUUUUGUUCUUGUGAUGUUGUUGGUUGUUGAUUAUGUCCAUGUCAAUAUAGAAAUGCACACUUUAUUAAACCACACAGAAAAUGCAUGGUGUUCUGUUAUCAAUAAAGGGAUGUAAUAUAUCUGUUGAUUGAUAUGUAUGAUUAAUAAAAUAAAAAAAGACUCACUGCUUAUUAAAAUAGUAAUACUAUA